CGAGCCUCUCCCCCAACUACGAAGUGUUUCACCAUCUCAAGUGACUCUUCGUGCACUACUGCAUACCGCCCGUGUGUUGUAGCUGUUACAUCACCAUGGUUUCCACCGAGUGCUCUCAGACCGUGUGGACUGGCGACAAGGUCCGCCAGACCUUCAUCUCCUUCUUUGAGGAGCGUGGUCACUCCUUCGUCCCCUCCUCGUCGACCAUCCCCCACGAUGACCCGACCCUGCUGUUCACCAACGCCGGUAUGAACCAGUUCAAGCCCAUCUUCCAGGGCACUGUGGACCCGAACUCUGAGUUCUCUCGUCUCAAGCGCGCUGCCAACAGCCAGAAGUGCAUCCGCGCUGGUGGCAAGCACAACGACCUCGAUGAUGUCGGUAAGGACUCCUACCACCACACCUUCUUCGAGAUGCUGGGCAACUGGUCCUUCGGCGAUUACUUCAAGGUUGACGCCAUCAACUGGGCCUGGGAGCUCCUGACCGAGGUCUUCGGCCUGGACAAGGACCGCCUGUACGUGUCCUACUUCGGUGGUGACGCCGAGGCCAACCUGCCGGCCGAUCUGGAGACCCGCGACCUUUGGCUGGCCAAGGGUGUGGCCCCGGAGCGCGUCCUGCCCUUCGGCAUGUCGGAGAACUUCUGGGAGAUGGGUGACACCGGUCCCUGCGGCCCGUGCUCCGAGAUCCACUACGACCGCAUUGGUGGUCGCACGGUCCCGGAGCUGGUCAACGCCGAUGACCCCGAUCUGCUGGAGAUCUGGAACCUGGUGUUCAUGGAGUUCAACCGUGAGGCCGAUCGCUCCCUGAAGCGCCUUCCCUCCCAGUCGGUCGACACCGGCAUGGGUCUCGAGCGCCUGGUGUCGGUCCUGCAGGACCGCCGCGCCAACUACGACACCGAUCUCUUCUCGUACCUGUUUGAGGCCAUCGAGAAGGGCACCGGUGCCCGGCCCUACUCCGGCAAGUACGGCAAGGACGAUGCCGAUGGCAUCGACACCGCCUACCGUGUCCUGGCCGAUCACAUCCGCACCCUGGCCUUCGCGCUGUCGGACGGCGGUGUUCCCGACAAGGAUGACCGUGGCUAUGUCCUGCGCCGUGUCCUGCGCCGUGCCAUUCGCUUUGCCCACGAGAAGCUCGGUGCCAAGCCCGGCUUCUUCCCGAACCUCAUCACCGCCGUCGUGGACAAGAUGGGUCAUGCUUUCCCGGAGCUGAAGAAGAACCCGGCCGGCGUGAUUGAGAUCCUGGUCGAGGAGGAGGCCCAGUUCCGCCGGACCCUGGAUCGCGGUAUCCGCCUCUUCACCCAGGUGGUGGAGAACCCGGCCAACACCAGCGCCGGGACCCUGUCCGGUGAGGUGGCCUUCAAGCUGUAUGACACCUAUGGCUUCCCCAAGGAUCUGACUCAGAUCAUGGCCGAGGAGCGCGGCCUGACCGUGGACCUGGCUGGGUAUGCGGCCGCCGAGGCCGAGGCCAAGGCCCGGUCUCAGAGCACCAAGAGCACCGCCGGUGCGGCGGUGGCCCUCGACGUGCACACCAUUGCCGAGCUCAACCAGAAGGCCGUUCCCCGGACGGAUGACUCCUUCAAGUACACCCACUCCGAGGUGGAGGCCCGUGUGCUGGCCAUCUUCCAUGGGGGUGCCUUUGUGGAGUCCUUCGAUGCCAAUGCCACGCACGAUCUCUUCGGGCUGAUUCUGGAUCAGACCAACUUCUACGCCGAGCAGGGUGGCCAGAUCUUCGACACCGGUCUCAUCCAUCUGACCGGCGGAUCGGAGGGCGUCCUGGAGGUGGAGAAUGUCCAGGUGUACAAUGGGUUUGUCCUGCACACGGUGUCCAUGAGCACCGGGGUGGUGCGCGUUGGCGAUGCCGUGUCCUGUGCCUUUGACCCGGCUCGUCGUCGUCCCAUUCGUCGGAACCACACGGCCACGCAUCUGCUGAACAAUGCCCUGGCUUCGGUCCUCGGGGGCGAGGUGAACCAGCAGGGGUCGCUGGUGGCGCCGGAUCGCCUGCGCUUCGACUUCAGCUUCGGCAAGGCCGUGCCGGCGGAGAAGCUCCGCGAGGUGGAGGCCCUGGUGCGCGAGCAGAUCGCCGCCGACCUGCCGGUCUACUAUGACAAUGUGCCGCUGGUUGAUGCCGAGAAGAUUGCCGGUGUCAAGGCCAUGUUCGGCCAGUCCUACCCGGACCCGGUGCGGGUGCUGUCGGUUGGCACUCCGAUUGCCACUCUGGUGGCCGACCCGGCUUCCGGCUCGGGCGUGGCCUCGGUGGAGUUCUGCGGUGGCACUCAUGUUGCCCGGUCGUCGGAUAUCCAGGACUUUGUCCUGCUGUCGGAGGAGGCCGUGUCGCGCGGUGUGCGCCGUGUGGUGGCGGUCACCGGUCCGGAGGCCGUGCGCGCGGGCGAGCUGGCUGACCAGCUGCAGCAGGCCAUCGCCGAUGUGGUGAAGAAUGCCACCGGUGCCAGCCUGGUUGGGUCUCUCAAUGGCCUGGAUGCCCAGGUGACUGAGGCCCCGCUGUCGCUGGUGCGCAAGCAGGCCCUGCGCGCGCAGAUCGCCGAGGCCAAGCGUGCCCAGGCCGAGCAGGACAAGCUCGUGCGCGUGGCCCAGGAGAAGGCUGCCAACCAGCGUGCCGAGGAGCUCCUGGCCAAGCUGACCCCGGAUGACAAGUUCCUGGUGGAGGUCUUCGAUUUGGGCUCCAAUGCCAAGCACCUGUCGCAGCUGUCGCGCCAGUUCCCGAAGGUCGGUGUGUUCUUCAUGUCGGUCGAUCGGGACCUGGGUCGUGUUCUGCAUGCGGCCAAUGUCCCGGCCGCCCUGGCUGACACCCUGUCCGCCAAGGACUGGUCCGCGCAUGUGGUUGAUGGUGCGCUGGGCGGCAAGUCCGGCGGCAGCAAGACCACCGCCCAGGGCGCCGGCCCGGAGGUGGGCGCUGUGGAGAAGGCUUGCGAGCUGGCCACCGCCUUUGCCAAGCUGAAGGUUUCCAGCGAGUAAGGCGGCGGAGCAAGAGAAGGAGGCAGCGGGUCGGGCCACUGUGCGUGUGCUUGGUCUUAUUUCCCCUCUUGCUGUGUGCCGCCCUUUGCCCGUUUUUACUUGGGCAGGGGGCGGUGGGGAGGGGGGGGGGGGGGGCGGGGGUG